AUGACAAAGUUAUCUGGUGGAUCAUUUUUGAGUGUUGGAAUAUUAUUGCUGUACAGACGUGAUUUACACAAUAUAUUAAAAUUAUUUGCAUAUGACUCAAAAAUUGUACCAUCGUUUCAAAAUGUUGGCUAUGUUCUCAUUGGAGUGGGAGCACUUAUAUUUAUUGUGGGUCUACUGGGAUGCUGUGGAUCAGUCAGAGAAUCAAAAUUACUUUUAGGAUUGUAUAUAUUUUUCAUAAUUCUGGUGAUGGCUGGUGAAUUACUUGUGGGAGUUUAUGCUGUAUUACUAGGUGAAGAAUGGGAAAAUCAACUACCAUCAGCUUUAAAACGUCGAAUAUUAACCUACAAUUAUACACAACCCGCCAUGUUUGAAUAUGAUUUAGAUAUCAUACAUAAACAAUUGAUGUGUUGUGGUAUCGAUGGUCCCAACGAUUUUCAUGGCAAUAUUGAUUAUCGACUUUAUGGAAGACGUUUACCAUCAUCGUGUUGUACACGAUUACAAAAUGGUAUUUGUAAAGAAAUGGAUUCGCUUAGAUUUGGAUGUUAUCGAACGAUAAACGAUCAAAUGACAACAUAUUCACACGGUGUUAUCGCUGUGGGGAUUGCCAUUGCAGUUCUUGAGUUCAUGGCAUUGAUAUUAGCCAUAUGCGUAUGUCGAAAUACAAACGAAGACGAUGAUUAUGAUUAA